GUAUUUACGUUUAGCAACGGCCAGUUGCUAAAGGAAAAAAAAAAAAAACAGCCGCUUCCGUGUUGUUCUUGUGUUAUUGUGGCAAAUAACUAUCGCUAGCAGAGCCGAAGCUAACAGACAGCCUCGCCGGAGGGUAACUAUCAUGAUUUAGUGAAGCUGACGCACAGUUUUUAGCUUUUCCCGCCCGACAUGUCGCUGCUACAGAGCUCAAAGAAAAAAGACAAGCGUAUUUUGUCCGGUACCUGCCCGGACCCGAAAUGUCAGGCGAGGCUAUUCUUCCCCGCUUACGGCUCCGUUAGCAUCGAGUGCACGGAGUGUGGUCAACGCCACGAACAGAAGAACCUGUUAAAUGUCGAAGAAGUCACGGAUCCUGAUGUUGUGCUCCACAAUCUGCUCAGAAACGCCCUGCUCGGCGUCACCGGGGCCCCGAAGAAAGGCACGGAGCUGGUGAAAGUAAUGGGGCUUUCUAAUUACCACUGCAAGCUGCUGUCGCCGGUGCUCACCAGGUACGGCAUGGAUAAACAGACCGGCAAAGCCAAGCUGCUGAGGGACAUGAACCAAGGUGAGAUGUUUGACUGCUCUCUCCUGGGAGACAGAGCUUUUCUCAUCGAGCCGGACCAUGUUUCUACAAUGGGCUACGGCAAAGACAGGUCAGGGAGCCUCAUAUACCUCCAUGACACUCUAGAGGAGGUGAAGAAAGCCAACAGCAGCAGAGAAUGUCUCAUCCCCGUCCAUGUAGAUGGAGAUGGGCACUGCCUGGUCCACGCCGUGUCCAGAGCGCUGGUGGGCAGGGAGCUGUUCUGGCACGCCCUGAGAGAAAACCUGAAACAGAACUUCAAACAGAACCUGGACCGCUAUAAGGCUCUCUUUCAGGAUUUUAUCGACGCCGCGGAGUGGGAGGACAUCAUAAACGAGUGCGAUCCGCUUUUCAUCCCGCCUGAAGGCGUGCCGCUCGGACUACGCAACAUCCAUAUAUUUGGUUUAGCCAACGUCCUGCACCGGCCCAUAAUCCUGCUGGACUCCCUGAGUGGGAUGAGGAGCUCCGGGGAUUAUUCGGCCACCUUCCUGCCUGGGCUGGUGGCGGAGGAGCAGUGCAGCGGGAAAGACGGGCAGCUUAACAAACCCAUCUGCAUCGCCUGGAGCAGCUCCGGCAGGAACCACUACAUCCCUCUGGUGGGAAUCAAGAACACGGUGCUGCCCAAGCUGCCGGCCCGCCUGCUGCCAAAAGCCUGGGGCGUCCCUCAGGAGCUCAUCAGGAAGUACAUCAAGCUGGAGCAAGACGGCAGCUGCGUGAUCGGCGGCGACCGCAGCCUGCAGGAUAAGUAUCUGAUGCGGCUAGUCAACGCCAUGGAGGAGGUGUUCAUGGAGAAGCACAGCAUCCAUCCGGCGCUGGUGGCGGACGUGCACCAGUACGUGUACAGGCGCACCGGCAUGAUCGGCAUCCAGCCCGAGGAGGUGACCGAGGCAGCUAAGAAGUCGGUGAUGGAGAAUCGGCUGCACCGCUGCCUGAUAUGCGGCGCCCUGUCUGAGCUGCACGUCCUGCCCGAGUGGCUGGUUCCCGGCGGGAAGCUCUACAACUUGGCCAAAUCCACUCACGGCCAGCUGCGGCCGGAUAAGAACUACAGCUUCCCGCUCAACAACGUCGUGUGCUCCUACGACCCCCAGAGAGACGUCCUCAUCCCAGAUUACAAACUGAGCUCCCUCAACACCUGCAACUGGUGUCACGGCACGUCAGUGCGCCACAUCCGCGGCAACGGGUCCGUGGUGUAUCUGGACGGAGACCGAACCAACACCCGCUCCCACGGCGGGAAAUGCGGGUGCGGCUUCAAACAUUUCUGGGAGGAGAAGGAGUACGACAACCUCCCCGAGGCCUUCCCCAUCACGCUGGAGUGGGGCGGCCGGGUGGUGAGGGAGACGGUGUACUGGUUCCAGUACGAGACGGAGCCGUCUUUGAACAGCAACGUGUACGACGUGGCCAUGAAGCUCGUCACCAAGCACUUCCCGGGAGAGUUCGGCAGCGAGAUCCUGGUGCAGAAAGUAGUCAACACCAUCCUGCAUCACACCGCCAAAAAGAACCCGGACGAGUACAACCCGGUGUCCAUCGACGGGGCUCACGUGCCGCGUCUCACCGACGCCGCGGAGGCUCCGCAGGCGCCAGACCCGCAGCCGCCCACUAAGAUCAUCCUCACGGGCCAGAAAGCGAAGACGCUCCACAAAGAGGAGCUGACGAUGAGCCGGGCGGAGCGCAGCAUCCAGCAGAGCAUCAGCGAGCAGGCCUUCGUCACGCAGAAGCGACUGACGGACAAACUGAAGCAGGAGCAGAAGGGCCACGGCCGGACGUCUUCCCCCGGGGGCUCCCCGGAAACGUCCUCCUCUUCAGCUCCGGCCACGCCCACUAAAUCCUCCCCGUCCUCUUCGUCCAAUAAGGAGAAGAAGAUCCGCGUGACGACCAGCGACGGCAGGCAGGCGAUGCUGACCCUGCAGGCUCGCACCACCUUCUCGGAGCUGCAGCGGAGCAUCGCCAACCAGUUUGGCGUGCCGCCGGGGCAGCAGUUCAUCCGCUACGGCUUCCCGCCCAAAGAGCUAGUCCCCGCGAGGGACGGCGAGGAGAACGAGCCCGUGGCGCUGCAGCACGGCGACAGGGUGACGGUGGAGAUACUGAGAGGCGGCGAGGACAAAAGCCCCGUGGCGUCCAUACCGCGAGCCUCCAGCUCCCACUCCGCCCUGCACGCCGUGAAGAGCGAGGACGCCGUGACGACGACCGGCAGGAUGAGCAGCCGCGAGCUCCAGGACAGCAUCGACCUUGAGAUGUCCUCCCUUUGUCUCCUAGCAACCUUGAUGGGCGAGGACGUUUGGUCGUACGCAAAGAAGCUGCCGCACUUAUUCCAGCAGGGCGGCGUCUUCUACAACAUCGUCAAGAAGGACAUGGGCCUGAUGGACGGGAAGCACUGCACACUGCCUCACCUGACGGGGAAAACCUUUGUUUAUAACGCCGCCGAGGAGCGCCUGGAGCUGUGCGUGGACGCCGCCGGCCACUUCCCCGUCGGCCCCGAUGUGGAGGAUCUGGUGAAGGAGGCGCUGGCGCAGCUGCGCCCCGACGGCGCCGGCCGCGGCAGCCGAGAGGGGAGCCCGUCUCACGGCGGGCUGCGGCUGGGCAGCGGCGGAGUCGUCCGCAAGAAGGAGCAGCUGCAGAGCGUCACGGCCUUCCAGGGCAAAGGCCACUCGCUGGGCAGCGCCGGGGGCUCCUCCCCUCCAGAGCACCGGCCUAUCACGCGCCAGCACAGCAGCGGCGUGGACCUGAGCGCCAGCGUGUCCCGGGGCCCACCGGAUCUGUCGGACAUCCCCGAGGACGCCACCCGGGAGCUGGUCCGCAUGGCACCGGGCUUCGUCACCAUGAAGGACGGGCGCGGCCCGGACCCCGGCCUGAUGGAGCAGCAGCGGAGGAAGCUACAGGAGAUGGUGUCCUCCAUCCAGGCCUCCAUGGAGCGCCACCUCCGAGAGCAGCAGAGCGGCGGCCAGGAGCGGACAGACGGGACUAAGACGGGCCAACCGACGCCUAAGGUUGACCGCGAACCUGCAGCGGGCGCGGCAGGCGAGGCAGGCGAGGCAGGCGAGGCCGACAAACCGGACGGGAAGGCGGAGCAAACGGAGGAGAUGGAGAGUCAGGACGGCGAGCAAAACAACGCCAUGGAACCCAUGGAUCACUCCUGAUCACUCCUGACCCCCUCCCCACCCCGCAGCACCGUCACGGCGCCACCUCCGGGUCAUAACGCCUCAGGUCGGAUCCGAAAGCUUUGGUCUUCGUUGCGUUUUGUUGUCUUUUCUGCAUGACUGAAGAGCGAGCCGACCGUGUUCGGAUCUCUGCAGACUGGCAGCGGGACAACAACCCACACGGCGAUAUAUUGUGACGCGCUCUCUGCGAUACAUAGACACUCCCACAACAAUGUCACACUUCUGUUGCAACACGAGGCUGCCGUGUGUGUGUGUGUGUGUGUGUGUGUGUGUGUGUGUGUGUGCGUGUGUGUGUGUGUGUGUGUUUGAACUCUUUGCACUUUGCUACACACUCUCUCAUCCCAACGCAGUAAGAAAAUAAACACGUUUGAUUAAUUCCUGCUUUAUUCUCCGUUAAUGGUUUAUCGUAAACGGCUGCCUUGCAAUACAUCGCCUCCGUGGUGUCCGAAACGUAUCCUUCGCCCCGUGACGUCUAAUCCUCUGGCUACACACACACACACACACACACACACACACACACACACAUAUACACACACACACACACACGCACCGAGACCUGAGGCGGGAACGCCACUCGGGUUCACGUGCGAGACGCAUUCCUGUAGAUAGAAGAAUCCUCCCGAGUCUUAAUCUGCCGCCGGGAGGAGAGCUGCGUGGUGUCCUGCAAAAACAUGUAUCCGUCAUAGUGCACGCUCUGAAAAGUGCAGCGGCGUCUGUACGCAUCAUCGCCUUCAACGCCCAUAAUCUGCUCCUCCUCCGUCUGUCUCCGUCCGUCCGUCCGUCUGUCUGAGAACCGCUGGGAGAACUCUAGAUCUGUGUUUGCGUGACUGCCUUGACUUGCCCUGAAAUUUUCGUUUUUUCCUCCCCAAUGGUCUCUUAACUUAAAGUUGAUGCUUAAUAUUAUUUUUCCCCCCCCGAAACAGUGGUUGACGUGAAGCACCUGAAUGCAUCUUCAGACCAAACUGCGCCACCCGCAGGUAGAGAGAGUUACUGUUUUUAUUUCUUUACAUUUUAAAAACCCUUGUGUUGUCUUCGGGUCAAAUUUGACCCAUUUUCUGAAUUUCUGUUUUAGAAAUAUGGAUUUCUUUUUUAACUACCGAAUUUUAUUUACCCAAAAAUAAUAACAACACAGAUGGAUGAUUCCUUACAACGAGAGAUCAGAUCUCUACUUUCAUUGAAUUUUGGGGUGUUUUUUAGCAUUUGAAAAAGAAAUUGAAACGUUUUCGUGAAAGGAUCCUCUCUGAACUUUCAUAUAAAUGAGGUUGAUUGACCAUGAAUUCCAAAAAUAAGUGUAAAACUAAUAAUAAGUUGGCGUGAGUGUUCUUUAUACAUGGUAGUCUAGUGAAAAAGAAGCAUUCAACGGUAAAAAGUGCCAAAAACAUUGAAAAAAGUGCCAAAAGUGUCGAAAAAAAAGGGACAAAAAUGUUGAUUUUCAGUUUUGACCAGGGAGGACCUGCGUGCACGGUCCAAUGGAAGACAACACAAGGGUUAAACUCUCUCUAAAAACAGGGAUUCCCAACCAAA